AUGCUAUUAGCUACAUCGAAGUUGUGCAUCUGUGUUGAUGCAUGUUCAUGUAAAUUACUGGGUCCAAAAAAUGAUAUACGAUCAAUGAAAGUGCAAGCUGUAGCUUCCUUUUGUAAUAUAAAGUUGAAUAUACCUCAGUUCGAAAUAGGAAAAGAUAAUAAGAGUGAAGAAUUUUUGAAAUAUUCCCCAUUGGGUAGGUUACCAGUGUUAGUAACACCAAGUGGGAGCUUAUUUGAAAGUAAUGCUAUAAGUAAAUAUUUGUGCAGUUUGAGGAGAGAACAAAAUUUAUUAGGAAAAGGAGUAUUUGAAGAAGCAGAAGUAAAUAUGUGGGUAGAUUUUAAUACAUAUGAAUUAGAAAUACCAGUAUGUUGUUAUAUUAGUAAUAAAUCGAAUGAAAAAUCGUUAAAGCAUAUUAAAGAUACGUUUACCUGUGUUAAUAAUCAUUUAUUAUUAAAUCAAUAUAUGGUAGGUAAUAACAUAACACUUGCUGAUAUUUUUAUUUGUGUUAUUAUUAGUUUUGCUAUAAAAUCAGGAAAAUUAGAAGAAAGUUUAGUUAAGAAAUAUACAAAUUUGUAUAGGCUAUAUGAUACUAUAUUUAAUCAAAAACAAUUUAAAUAUUUGUUUGCAUGCCCACAAGGUGGUAAAAAAGGAGCCCAAGAAAAAGGUACCAAAGGAAUGGAUAAAGGGACAAAUGAAAAAAAGAAAAAGAAAAAAGGGGAAGGAGAUAAUAGUGAUAAUGAUGAUAACACCAACAAUGCAGGUGAUUUACUAAGUGAUGAACUUACUGAAAAAAAGCAAAAAAAAACAAAUCCUUUAGAUUUGUUACCUGCUUCCACAUUUUCUCUUGAUGACUGGAAAUAUAAAUUUAGUAAUGAAAAAGAUUUACUUAAUAAUGCUAUGCCAUAUUUUUGGAAAGCAUAUGAUGAUAAAGGUUUUUGUUUAUAUUAUAUGAAAUAUGAUAAAUUAGAGGAUGAAUGUCAAAUAUCCUUUGUUGCAUGUAAUAUGGCAGGAGGGUUUUUACAAAGACUAGAAAAUAAUUUCUCAAAAUAUUCGUUUGCUGUUAUAUCAGUGUUAGGGGAAAAUAAAAAUUACGACAUUGAAGGUGUAUGGUUAUUCAGGGGUACAGAAAUACCUUUUGAAAUGAAAGAUCAUCCAUCUUUUGAAUAUCAUAUUUUUAAAAAACUGGAUAUAAGUAAUAAUGAUGAUAAGAAAAUCGUUGAGGAGUACUGGUGUUCCAAAGAGACAAUUGCAGGUAGGCCCCUUGUUGACAGGAAAGUUUGGAAAUAA